AUGGCAACUCCCGUUGUCGCCGACAAAUGGGCUGGCAAUUUCGACUGCGGCUUUUGCCGGCGCAAACGACUCAUGGGCUCCGAAUUUUCCAAAAAGGUACGGACACGUGUGACGAGCGCACGGAAGCUCUCCACGCUUUUUGAUUUUCUCACGGUGCAUCCCGUUUUCCAAAACGUACAGGCUUUGGAAAAAUACAGGAAAACAGGUGGCUCGCUGAAAUGUAAAGAGUGUGUCGCUGAAGCGGAACAAGCUGAGCGGGCGGCAGCCACCGCGAAACGGGCCACCACGACUACGAGUUCUAUGAACGACAGUGGAAGUACAACAGGAACCUUAGACACUACCGCAAUCACAUGUAUGUCCUGUGAAAAAGCGUUGAUUGCUUCAGCGUACAAUCGUAACCAAUGGAACAAAGGAGAAGGGAAAGCUCGUUGUCGGGAUUGUGUCGAAACGGCGCUCGCCCAAGAAUCGGCUCAAAUUCAACAAUCCAAAGACACCGCUAUGCAAGAAGCUCAGAACGCGGUUGCCGAGGCAAACGCGUCGGGAAAUACUGCCGCGAUUCUCAAGGCUGAGUCAAUGUUGUCAGCGCUCGAGGCGGAAAAGGUUACAGGGCUAAAGCCGGUGCGAAUGUCGGGUCGUGGAGGACGUGGAAGACCCAGCGCUCGCGGUAGAGGGAAGCGGUGA